AUGCACUUCCUCAAGGAUCUUCUGGCAAAGGUGUGCGGUAUUGUCUCCUCAACUAAUUAUAGCCAUCCUUUGCCAGUUGAGUUUGAUAGUCUCCGCACAAAUUUCCACCCGAAGAAGGCUCCUAGGAGACAGGCCACCUCCCUCUCCACCCUCUACAUCCUGGAUUACACCUCCCGAGCGGGAGAGCUGGGCCUGGAACCUGGGCCUCCUGCACUCAACCUCGGCGGGACGAAGCUCACCUUCAAAAAUGGUAAGUGGAUAUCAGAGGGAGGGGAGAGACCCAGCAAGUCCAAACGUGCCCUUCGGAAUCUGAAGCAGAAGAACCGAGUCCUGGAGGAGGAGAACAACUACCUGCAGGUGCGCACAGAGCUGCUGGUGGACAUGCUGGCAGAGAGCACUGCCCAUCUGCAGCUCCUAGAGGACGAGGUGGAGCGCAAGGCAUUCAGAGACACGAGGCGGCGCCAGUCUGUGCGUAGAGUCUCCAACGUCACCGCUUCCAACAUCCCAGAGCCCAUGUUGGUGGCAGAGUCCGGUGAGGCACAGAAAGAGUUGGGGAGAACCUCCAUCCCCACCACCACAAACACCACCACUGAGCCCAUGCUGAUUCCAGACAAUGCAGAGGGCAAGAAGGAAUCUCACAAGUCAUCAGAACCAACCACUUCCACAGCUCAACUCAGAACGUUUCCAGAAACAAGGAAGGAGAAGGCGGCUGUGCGAAGAGCUUCAACACCACCUGGCUUCUCCACUGUUGAGCCCAUUAGUGGGAGGCCAUAUGUACUGUAGUAUAUGCAUAGAUUCUCCACCUCUCCAAAACUAAGACUAUGUGAUCACAGGACUGAAGCCUGUGGCUUUCACAUCCAAUUGAAAAAAAUAGAUGUCCAGUCCUGUCUAGUUCCGGUAAAUCGUAAUAAACAUUACUUU